UAUGAUGGAUGGAAUACACGCCUUCUUUUUCCACUUGAUUCAUAUACAGGACCCAGACAGCCUUUGGAGAAUGAUGGAGGAUUGCCUGGAUAUUUCCGAGAAGGGUUUCUGACUAUACAACAUGCUAUCAACAGAGAAAUCAUAUGUUCCUCCAUGAAUGACUCUAUGAUUGAGCAAUUUAAGAAAAUCAACGUUACUUUGAAGAGGUUCCCGUUUCCAUCUUAUGUUCAGGAUCCAUUCAUUUCAGUCUUAGAGAAUAAUCUUUCCUUGAUGAUCAUGCUGAGUUUCCUUUGUACCUGCAUCUUCAUCAUCCGUUCCGUUGUUCAGGAAAAAGAAAAAAAGCUGAAGGAGUAUAUGUGCAUCAUGGGACUCAGCAACUGGCUACAUUGGACUGCAUGGUUCUUCAUGUAUUUUAUUAUUUUCACUUUUAUUAUCUUAAUUAUGAUCACACUCUUCUUUUUGAAGGUGAAUAAUAAUGUGGCAGUGCUCACAAAAAGUGAUCCAUCUUUGGUGUUUUUAUUUCUAAUAUGUUUUGCUAUUUCCACCAUCUCCUUCAGCUUUAUGAUUUCUGUGUUCUUCAGUAAAGCUAAUGUAGCAGUUGCCGCAGGAGCUAUUGUCUAUUUCUUCUCCUAUAUUCCAUUCCUUUACAUUGAGUAUCACUAUUUUGAGAUGAGUCAUGCAAUGAAGCUGACCUCCUGUCUCUUAUCAAAUGUUGCAAUGUCACUGGGAAUAAUGCUCAUAAUCGUAUAUGAAGCAAGAGGGUCAGGUAUUCAAUGGCAGCAUGUGUUGAGGAUUUCCAUGCAUGAUCGUUUGACCUUUGUGGAGGUGAUGGCAAUGCUGCUAUUUGACAGUGUCUUAUAUAGCCUGGUGACCUGGUAUGUGGAGGCCACAUUCCCAGGGAAAUAUGGUGUACCUCAGCCUUGGAACUUCUUCAUAAUGCCCUCCUAUUGGCUUGGAAAACCUCAUAUUCAUAAAGAAGAGCCAAGUGAACCAGUGUACACAUCUCUGAUAAACCCUUAUGUUCAGGAUGAGCCUUUAGACUUGUUGGCAGGAGUAAAAAUUUUGAAUCUGUGCAAGGUAUUUAGGAUGGGGAAUAAUAUUAAAAGAGCAGUAAAAAACCUGACACUGAACAUGUAUGAGGGACAAAUCACUGUGCUUCUUGGACAUAAUGGAGCAGGGAAGACCACCACCCUAUCCAUACUCACAGGUCUUUUCCCUCCUACGAGUGGGGAGGCAUGGAUCGGUGGAUAUGAGAUUUCAGAGAACAUGGUUCAGAUCCGGAAAAGCCUGGGCUUAUGUCCACAACAUGAUAUCUUGUUUGAUCACAUGACAGUAGCUGAGCACCUUACCUUCUAUGUUCAGAUUAAAGGAUCAUGGGAUGCUGAUUUCUCUGAUGAAAUCAAUAAUAUUUUGACCAUUCUUGGUUUGGAGAAGAAGCGCCACACGAUUUCACGGUCCUUGAGUGGAGGAAUGAGGCGCAAACUCUCCAUUGGCAUCUCACUCAUUGGAGGAUCUAAGGUAGUAAUGAUGGAUGAGCCAACAUCAGGUAUGGAUCCAGUUUCACGGCGUGCCAUGUGGGACCUCCUUCAGCAAGAGAAAAGUAAGCGCACUAUUGUGCUGACUACCCACUUUAUGGAUGAAGCUGAUCUUCUGGGAGACCGCAUUGCCAUCCUAGCAAAGGGGAAACUGCAAUGCUGUGGCUCUUCACUUUUCCUCAAACAAAAAUAUGGCGCAGGAUAUCAUAUGACCAUAGUUAAGAAACAAUACUGUCUUGUAGAAGAAAUUGAAAGACUGAUUUAUGAGCAUAUACCAUCGGCCACUAUGGAAAGCAAUAUAGGAGCUGAGUUAUCAUUUAUCAUGCCUAAAGACAACAUAAGCAGAUUUGAAGCUUUGUUUGAAGAACUGGAAGGCAGAAAAGAGGAACUAGGCAUCUCUAGCUUUGGAGCCUCUGUCACCACUAUGGAAGAAGUUUUCCUUAGGGUUAGUAAAUUCAUCGAUUCCAGCAUGGAUCUUCAGAACAUCAACCGCAUAACUUCACAAAGUCAAAGCAUGGAGAGGAAGGAUAUUAAUUUGAGUACCUCUGACUUAUUCCAUGAGAAUAUCCAUUAUAACAAAGCGUUCACACUUGGCUGCCAGCAAUUCUACGCCAUGCUCAUGAAGAAGAUUUCAUUCACUUGGUGCCACUGGAGGUUGAUGUUAAUACAGAUAUUUGCUAUUCUGGUUUGUCUCACACUUACUAUCAAGGCCUAUAAAAUAAAUCUGGAGUCCUCGAAAACCCCCUUCUUACAGAUGAAGUUGAAUGUGUAUGGCGAAACAAUUGUGCCUUUCUUCAUCUCUAAUAAUACAAGGCUGCAUCCCAAACUCUCAGAUUAUGUCUCAGAUGCUAUUAAAGCUGAGGAACAACUGCCCAUGAAAAUUUCAUAUUCUAUGGACGAUUUCCUGAUUUACCAGGCAACACAAGAUCGUGCUACUUUUGAUGAAAAUUUCCUUGUGGCAAUUUCCUUUCAAGACCAUGAAAAUAAAACAAUUGUCACUGCUCUAUUCAACAACCAGGCUUACCACGCUGCUCCCAUGGCCUUGGCAAUGGUGGAUAAUAUUCUCUACAAGUUGUUUUUUGACCAUAGGGCUUCCAUUACGAUCACCAACAACCCUCAGCCUCCACCUAAGGACAGAAAUUAUGUACCGCAAGAAGAUAUCUACGCGUGGGAGUCUCUUGGGAUUGGAAUGUAUUUGACCUCCAUGACUGUGUGUGGCUUUAUAUAUCUUGGGCUCCUUUUCUGCAUUGAUACUGACUUCCUCUGGAGAAUGAAAACCCAUUUCUUUAAGACAUUUGACAAAAAGCAAUUGUUACAGGAAUCUGAAGAAUCAGUUUACUUUUCCAAAGACCAAGAUGUGGAAGAUGAGAAAAAUAAAAUCCGGAAUUUCCUUCCAGCGCUGUUGCCUACAAUCCCUCUGAUUGCUCUAGAAAUCACAAAGGUAUAUGGCCAUAAGAAAAAAAAGUCUGUCCUUGCCGUGGACAAGAUCUCCCUCGCAAUCAAGAAAGGAGAAUGUUUUGGGCUGCUGGGCCUCAAUGGAGCUGGGAAAACCACCACCUUCAGAAUAUUGACUGGGGAAACCACCAUCACAUCUGGAGAUGCCUUUAUCAAUGGAAGAAGUAUCUCCAGUCACCACAAAGAGAUAAAGAAACAAAUCGGCUACUGUCCUCAGUUUGAUUCCCUGUUGGGCCACAUGACAGGACGACAACUUUUAAUUAUGUAUGCCCGGCUUUGGGGCAUUCCUGAGGUACAAAUUCAGUCAUAUGUGAAAGACAUCAUCUUCAACCUGCUCCUGGAGACCCAUGCAGACAAAUGUAUCAAAGACUACAGUGGUGGCAACAAGCGUAAACUGAGUGCUGGUGUCGCCCUUUUGGGAAAACCCAUAGUUAUCUUCCUGGAUGAGCCUUCCACUGGCAUGGACCCUGUAGCCCGGCGCCUGCUCUGGAAUCAAGUGACCAGGGCCCGUGAGGCUGGCAAAGCCAUAGUCAUUACCUCCCACAGCAUGGAGGAAUGUGAAGCCCUGUGCACCAGGCUGGCCAUAAUGGUGAAUGGAAGAUUCAAGUGUCUGGGUAGCCCACAGCAUCUCAAGAGCAAAUAUGGGAGUGGCUAUACCCUACUGGCCAAGAUUAAGAGCACCAGUCCUAAGGAAAGAGAUUUAGCAAUUCAGGAGUUCAAAAUAUUUGUGCAAACAAAGUUUCCAGGCAGUAGACUGAAGGAUGAACACCAAGGGAUGGUCCAUUACCACUUACCCAAAGAGAACCUCACAUGGUCAAAGGUAUUUGGCAUCUUGGAAAAUGCCAAAAAUACGUAUAAAUUGGAUGACUAUUCCAUCAGUCAAGUCUCGCUGGAACAAAUCUUCUUGAGCUUUGCCCAUUUACAAGUCCCACUGUACGACCUCUAAAGAGUAGACCACCAUACUUUUGGCUCCUAUCCCACU